AUGGACAACAUUCCGCAGUUAGCCACGGCUGCGGACCUCGACAUGCGGGCGGCUCGCCUUGUAGAUCCUGGAAUAGACCUGAAGACCAAGCAUACUGUCGCAUGCGAACUCAGAGAAUUGAUCGACACUCUUCGCGAUGCAGACGCAGGGAAGGUUUAUCCUCAGAUGGUUCCCACUCUCCUUGAGAUUCUUCAGUCGGGCGAAGCUUCCUACCAAAAGGACACGAUUGAAUACCAGUUCCGUCGUGUGCUACUGGAAGUUCUACACCGCGUCCCUUACUCAGAGCACCUUCGCCAACAGGCAGUCCCACUCCUCAGCGGAAUGCUAUACAUACUUCGUCAUGAUAAUGAAGAAAAUGGAGUCACGAGCUGCAAGAUUAUUAUUGACCUUCUCCGCACGUUCAGAAUUUUGACUGAGGAACUCGUCAACGAAUUCGUUGGAAUCCUUCAAGAAGUCCUACAAGGGAUGCGAGGCCUUGUAAUGGAACUACUCAGCGAGGACUCUGUCCUUCUCGACGCCAAUGCAGUACUCCCAAGUAUUCGAAGCUUCAAGGUUCUGUCAGAGCUCGGCAUGGUGGUGGUCAUUUUCUCCCAGAACCAUCGGCCCCUCGUCGGACCGCUCAUACAAUCGACUCUGAACCUGAAUUUUGAGAUAUUGGCCCUCGAGUCACCCGCCCAGAAGAAAGCGAGGGAAGAGUAUGAAGCGCAGGGAAACGGGCAGCACUGGUCUGGGAUGGCAUCUACAAUCAAGAAUGAGCUCGCAUAUAAUGACUUUAUUGCAGCUCAAAUUAAGAUGGUUUCCUAUGUGGCGUACGUUCUGCGAGGAUCAGGCGAGCAGUACGAGGGAUACGGUGACACUUUGAUUCUCUGUGCCCUGCGCUUGCUUCAAGACUGUCCAGCGAAUGCCAUUGGUCCUCGCAAGGACCUCUCCAUUGUCUUCCGCCAUCUUAUGGGCACUCCGCACAAACGAGCUCUUUUGCCAGCGAUUGACAAACUUUUCCAUGAGCAUGUGCUUUUGGGGCGAAGCAUUGGUAGUCAAGAGACGCUUCGACACACCGUGUAUACAGCAGUGGCAGAUCUUGUUCAUCAUCUUCGCGCAGAGCUCAGUGCAGCACAACUAGCACGUGUCGCAAAGCUAUUCUCCGCAUUGCUUCACAAUCCUUACCUCAGUCCAAGUCAUCAUACAAUGUUUUCAAAGAUGAUGUUUGGUCUUACAGACACCAUCGCCAACAAGGACACCGCACAAGGAGCAGCCAGGAUCUUGGGUGCCGUGUUUGAAACAUGUGUUGACAAAGUUGAUGCCAUGCGCAUCAUGAUUGACGAUCUUAUGAGCAAGAUUGAAUUAGCAAAAACCAAGGAGGAUGGCGAAUUUGGAGUAAUGCAAAUAGAGAAAUCGAGACCUGUCGCCGGUGCGAUGUACGCUGUCGAAAAGCCAGAGGAGUGUCUACAAGAAUGUCGCUUUCUCUUUCGGACCCUUCUGCAUGGCUUUCGUGUCUGCCUCGCUGGCCUCAGGAAAUGUAGCACGGAGAUUCCUGACGGAUCUCUGGUGUUCCGCCUCUUCGAGGGCUGCAUUCACUGCAUGGCCCUAUUUGACACGGAACCCCGUGACUGCAAUGAAGUCAUGGAUUGGUUUUGUGCCGUUUUACUCGAAGUGAACCUUCACGUCUUUCAGGAGGUGUGGACGCAUAAAAUCGAUAUGUUCUUCCAAGCUGCCUUGAAGCGGAACACGCUGCUGCAUAUCUGCCAGUUUCUUUUCUGUCGUGAGCCCGUUUCGGCGACGUUGGUGGCCAUCGUGCUACGUUAUCUUGUUGACAAACUUCCCGCCAUGGGCGAAUAUGAUGACCCCACGGCUGUAGUGAGCAUCCGGUUAUUCAAAAUGGCCUUCAGUGCGGUCACCGCCUUCCCUGCCACGAACGAGCCUAUCCUCGCUUCCCACCUUGCCAAAUUGAUCAUGGAUUGCUUUCCUCUCGCUGCCAAGGCAAGCAAGCCGAAGCACUACUUCCAUCUUCUUCGCGGUCUUUUCCGAACUAUUGGAUGCGGUGGGGGCAGAUACGAGCUUCUAUACAAAGAAGUUUUACCUCUGUUACCAGAUAUGAUGGAAAAUCUCAACAGACAGCUCUAUUCCACUGAUGGCUGUAGCAGAGACAUGAUUGUUGAGCUGUGUCUGACUGUACCGCUACGGCUCACACAUCUGCUACCUCAUCUCGGCUACCUCAUGCGACCAUUGGCUCUAGCUUUGCAAGGCACGCCUGAACUCGUUUCACAAGGACUGCGUACUCUGGAGCUUUGCAUUGACAACCUAACGCCCGACUUCUUGGAUCCCACACUCAAUACUGUCUUGCGAGAACUCAUGGAGGCUCUCCAUAGUCACCUCAAGCCUCUGCCCGCCAAUCAUCACCACGCGCAUACUACGAUUCGAAUCCUUGGAAAGUUAGGUGGGCGUAAUAGGAAAUUACUUGCCAAGGAGCCAGCGCUGCAAUACAAGAAAUCGUCUAAUCCUGCUCAGUUGUCGAUCUCACUGGGCGGAACAGUGGAGAAGAUUGAGCUAUCUGCAAUGACCUCUCUGGCUUAUCAGACGCUCAAAAGAAUGGUUUUGCAUUAUCGACCACCCGCGUUCUCUUUCCUGCAAAGUGCAAUAUCAGCUCUAAUUCAAGAGACUGCCCACGGAUCCGACCAUUCAGCAGUGUUUGUACUGGCCAUGGAAGGCAUUAUAGAUGCUAUGUUCAUGCCAGAAGUCAAUGAUACAGCUGAGGCGUUUGCGCGCCAAGUGUCUCAGACUGUACUAUCGAGGGAAGCCAGCUUGACCUCCACCAAGGACAUGAACCUUCGCCGAUUCCCUAGCCCAUUAUUGGUCUCUUACCUACUGGCUUUGCCUCAUGCGUUAGCGAGGGAGAAGGUCGAGGAAGUUGUGAAAGGCGAAGAGCUCGUAACAUGGGUUAUCAAGGACCUGGUCUCAAUGAAUGGCCGCAGCGGCUAUACAACUCAAGACAUUCACUUCACACUUCAUCAGGUUGCGACACGUUUCAAUGCUCUAUGCCUCGAAGAUUCAUGGCUCCAAAAGAGUGCUGGAUUCAGAGGUAUUCGUAUCAUGACCACCAUCCCAGACUUGGGAGUCAAGUGGAUUGCAGAACGUCAGGUGGAGGUUGUCCGGGCCCUCAUACACGUUUUGAAGGACCUUCCCUAUGAUCUUCCAAGGGACGUGACCGACAUAAUUGACGUUUUGAAAAGCGUCUUACGCAUCGGAAGCUCCAAGGGUGAUGGCCAAACGGAGGUCUCUCUUCAUGUCAGAACUCGACUCCUUCAUCUCACUGGAACCUUCUUCACCGAGCUUUCUUGCCCUAGCCCUGUGGUCCGACAGGCCGUACACACGUGCAUUGACGCUUUGGUUGAGAUUACAGGGAAAACCGCUCACGACCUCCUUCAACCUCACCGUGACCGCAUACUCACGGGCAUCUAUACCAAACCAUUGCGGGCGCUCCCUUUCAGCAUCCAAAUCGGGAUGAUAGAUGCCAUGCGCUACUGCGUCAGCGUGGAUCCACCUAUACCAGAUCUCAAUGACGAGCUCAUUCGUUUGCUUCACGAGACACUUGCCUUGGCUGACGCAGACGACAUACAGCUCGGGCGAGGCAACCUACGGCAGGGCGGCAUUGAUGUUAUUAGGUUGAGGGUUGCAUGUAUCAAACUCUUGACUGCCUCCAUGCCUAUGACGGAUUUCUUCUCGAAGCAGCAUCAGACGAGACAAAGGGUUACCAGCGUUUACUUCAAGUCCUUAUAUUCCCCCUCUCAGGACGUGAAGGAGGUUGCUCAUGAAGGUUUGAGAAUGGUCCUUACUCACCAGAGUAGGCUUCCCAAGGAACUGCUUCAGACUGGCUUACGUCCUAUUCUCAUGAACUUGGCUGAUCCCAAGAGACUAUCUGUCUCAGGGCUUGAGGGUUUGGCACGUCUCAUGGAGCUUCUCAUCAAUUAUUUCAAGGUUGAGAUUGGCCACAAACUUUUGGACCAUUUCCGUAUCGUUGCAGACCCUCAGAUGCUCCAGGCAUCUUCGCGUCUUCCGCUUGCCGACAAUGAAGGCAUCACGAAGCUUGUUCGAUUAGCCAAUAUCUUUCACCUCCUUCCAUCUGCAGCGAGUAUUUUCUUGGAGAAUUUGGUCAACGCUAUCGUCCAAACUGAGUCUCAGAUGCACUUUUCUGGCCGAAGCCCCUUCUCGGAACCCUUAGGGAAAUAUCUGGAUCGAUACCCGAUUGAAGCCAUUGACUUCUUCAUUCGAUUCCUCAAGUUUCCUCGCCACGUACGCACGCUCAAGAACAUUCUUCAAGCGAGACUUGCACCAAAUCUUGAGCGGGAGCUGAUCAGUCGAACGCGCUUUUUGGUUGCACAGUGCUUGCAAGCAGGCGAUCAAGGGCUUUCUAUUCCUAUCUUGUCUCUUUUCAGCGAUCUCGCGCAGUUGUCUCCCACGUGGAUUUUGGAUCACGAGUUUGUUAUUGAUGCCCUACUUGCAAUGUGGAGAACCGAGCUGCCCCGCUCAGAACAAACAGACGUUAUAAUACCGGACGAUAUCACUCGGCAUUCGCUCAUCCUGUCCGUGUUCAGGAAGGCACUGGAGGUAGCGCCUCGAGUUGACCUGAUCUUCGACGUUGUUUCGAUAUACACACGCAACUUGGCGAUGGAUCUUACGAAGCUCACCCGUUUCCUCUAUCAGCACAUCGCUUUAAGUGCUGAUCUCUUCUUUAAGAGGAAUGUCCUGCUCAGGUUCCUCAGAUGGUUUGAUGAUCAGAGUGAUUCGUGGCAGCAAAAGACGUAUUUGCUACGCUUCGUGAUCACGCCGGCUAUCCUCGUCCAAGCUCACCGCGACAACAAAGGUGGUUUGCUAGACGCAGACAUUAUUGUGUCCAUUCACAAUCUUAUUUGGCGCCCCAUGAUUGAUGAUAAAUCUUUCACUGGGGCUGACGACAUGUUCAAAAUCGAGCUCUUGUAUAUGACGACGAUCAUUGUGCAGCAUUACCCUGAGCUUCUAGAAGACGUCAAGAAGGACAUCAUUCGUUGCGCGUGGCAUUAUAUCACCAGCGACGAUGCCGUAGUCAAACAGACAGCCUACUUGCUUGCAGCACGAUUCUUCGAAGCCUUCGAUAGUCCCCAAAAGUUCAUCUUGCGAGCGUGGACAGGACUCCUUCGUCCGCCACAUUCAGAUGGGCGCCUGCUCACAAAGCAGGCAUUAGACAUCCUUGCACCAGUACUUCCAAAGUCGAGCUCUCAAGAGGUUGGCUAUCCCCAAUGGGCCAAGACGACCAGGCGGUUGCUGGCAGAAGAAGGCAAUGGGUUCUCGCAGAUCUUCAUAAUUUACCAGGUACUAGUUCGACAACCGACUCUCUUCUACCCCGUACGCGCCCUAUUCAUUCCACACAUGGUCAACUCUCUUCAAAAGUUAGGGCUGUCCAGCAUCGCUUCUGUCGAGUCCCGUCUCCUGUCAGUUGACAUUGCUCAAGUGAUUUUCGACUGGGAACAGACAGGGUACGACUCGGGUGAGACGCCAACUGCCAGUCUUGAUGCAGAAAGCUCUCGUCAGCACUCUGCAUGGGUCACACCUCUGUCAUUUAGAGAAAGCCUGGUCAGCUUCUUGCUUCGCCUGGCCACUGGUGUCUAUGAUCAACAAUUGAAGGGCUUGCUUGUGCCUCGUGCGCUCACGCUCCUGGAGCAAAUGGUAGGCCCCCGCGGGUGGACAGACGUGACGGUAAAAUUAAACUAUUUUUCCCGGUUCCUCGAGGCGGACUUGGGAUCAGAAGCUGCCAUGAAUCAGGCCUUAAGCGCAGCUCGUGUUCUUCGAAUCGUUGCUUCGGACAAGGAUGAUGCUUGGCAUCUGUCACAAGCGCAAACUCUCCAGUCUCUUAUCCGUAAAGGCUUGUGGACCGAUGAACCAGGGCUGCAUGAAGCACUUCUUCCCAUAUUUGAGCGUCUCCUUUGUCUAUCGCCGUUACCUGACAAAAUUGCAGAGAUGUCUGAUUUCCAUGCAUCCCUAUACACUAGCAUUGAAGAGGGUCUCUUCAGUCAAACCAACUUGCGUGGUACUCUCCUUAUGCUCAAGUCUAUCGUGCAGAUAACACCGGAAAGGAUGCAGUACUUUAGCUCAAACCUUCACAAAGUUCUUUCCAAGUUAGCCAAAGAUCACAUACAGGCUGCUCCUGCUUCCUCAGGCUUUGACAGCGUCUCGCGCUUGAUUAUCACGAUGCUGGAAAUAUGUUCGACAACAGUUUCGUAUCUCGGCGAUCAACGCAAAAACUUCAUGAAUGUUUGCCUAGCCCUUGCGGAGAAGUCGAGAAGCUCAGCAAUCUGUCAAUUUAUCCUUGACUUGUCGCGUGCUUGGGCGCUGCGAACCCAUGAUGCAUAUCCGUCGAUGAAGGACAAAUCACUUUUGUUGAGCAAGAUGGUUUCCUACGAGUUUCGAGGCGAAGCCUUGUUCCACAGCUAUCUGGAGCUUAUAUAUGAGAUCUACACCGAACCCUCAUUGCGCCGCAGUGACUUGACUCACCGCCUCGAACAGUGCUUCCUGCUUGGCUGUCGCGUGCGAGAGCCUACGCUUCGCCAGCGAUUCAUGGAUCUACUAGAUGCUAGCCUGCCCCGAUCCAUCCAUAGUCGCAUGGUAUACAUCCUCGGAGUUCAGAAUUGGGAACACCUCUCCGACCACAACUGGAUUUACCUCGCAUUGCAUCUUUUGCUUGGAGCUGUUGAUGGGGAAGCUUCUUUAUUCCCUGACCGUAAACUCCCUUCAGAUGCAGCUUUUGGACAAGCCCUACCGCGACAAAAGGUCCACUCUGUCAUAAGACCCAUGCAGCAAUUGCUGUUCCUCGAUCCUCACGUGGCUCAUGACGUUUGGAUCACAAUAUUUCCUGCUGCUUGGGCUAGCUUCUCGAGACGAGAGCAAGGCGAUGUUACGCUUCAUAUGAUCAAUUUACUCAGCAAGGAUUACCACACUAAACAGAUGGAAAUGCGCCCUAACGUCAUACAGACUCUCCUGGCUGGUAUCCAUACGUGCACGCCGUCCAUGAUGCUUCCCCCUCACCUGGUCAAGUAUUUGGCGAAAUCAUUCGGAGCAUGGCAUGCUGGUCUUGAGCUACUGGAGACAUCUCUGGACAAUGUCAAGGAAGAUGAAGCCACCGUACGGGGUGCUGUCAACGAUUCGCUGGCUGACGUGUACGCUGAGCUCGCGGAAGAAGACAUAUUCUAUGGGCUUUGGCGCCGAAGAUCUCUCCACCAGGAGACAAAUAUAGCCAUUGCCUACGAACAGCACGGAAUGUGGGACCAGGCGGCCCAUACUUACGAGGUGGCACAAACUCGCUCAAGAAUGGGGUCAAUAGCCUACUCUGAAGCCGAGUACUGCUUGUGGGAAGAUCACUGGAUGCUGGCUGCAGAAAAACUCCAGAAUUGGGAUGUCUUGCACGAGCUAGCCAAGAACGAGGGCAACCAGGAGUUGAUGCUUGAGAGCGCGUGGAGGACCAAGGACUGGGCUGAGAAUCGUGAACCUCUAGAGGAGCAGAUCAAUCUUCUCCCGGACAUCGCCACACCUCGCAGGCGGGUAUUCGAAGCUUUCAUCGCUCUCCUGAAGUUGCCUGGGGCCCUUGAUAAGAACACCGAAUUCACGAAGAUAUUGGAAGACGCGAUGCAACUUUCGCUUCGCAAAUGGGUUGGCUUACCCUCACAUCUUUCCUCUGCCCAUAUUCCUCUUCUCCAGCACUUCCAGCAAUUUGUAGAACUGCAAGAAGCCGUGCAGAUCUUUGGCUCGCUCUCAAACACGACUGCUCAAAACUUAGAGAAGAAGUCCUCAGAUUUGAAGAUGGUUCUUCAGGCAUGGCGGGAACGUCUGCCCAAUCUCGAGGACGACAUCAGUAUCUGGAGCGACCUCGUUGCAUGGCGCCAGAACGUCUUCAACGCCAUCAACAAGGCGUAUAUCCCCCUGAUCCAAACGCCGAAUCAAACUACAAAUCCGACCUCCACUAACUUCAACACGUCCGGAUAUCGCGGGUAUCAUGAAACAGCUUGGAUAAUCAAUCGUUUCGCUCAUGUCGCGCGGAAGCACGAGCUCCUCGAAGUAUGCCUCAGCCAACUCAACAAGAUCUACACACUGCCGAACAUAGAAAUUUCUGAGGCGUUCUUGAAACUGCGGGAACAAGCGCGAUGCCACUAUCAAAAGCCAGGAGAUCUGCAAGCGGGCCUUGAGGUCAUCAAUAACACCAACCUGAUGUACUUCUCUACUGGUCAGAAGGCUGAGUUUUAUACACUGAAGGGCAUGUUCUAUGCACGUAGUGCACGCAACGAGGAGGCAAACUUAGCCUUUGGUCAGGCUGUACAACUAGACAUGAACCAGCCAAAAGCAUGGGCAGAGUGGGGAAAAUACAACGACCGCAUGUUCAAGGAGUCACCCACCGACAUGUCUCACGCUGCAAGUGCUGUCAGCUGCUAUCUUCAAGCUGCAGGGUUGUAUAAGAACGGCAAGGCCAGAGCUAUGCUCACCCGAGUAUUGUGGCUUCUCAGCAUCGAUGACGACUCUCUGACUAUUUCUCGUGCCUUUGAUACCUACAAAGGAGAAGCGGCGUUCUGGUAUUGGAUUGCGCUCAUCCCUCAACUUUGCCUCUCCCUUUCUCAGAGGGAAGUGAAACAAGCUCGAUACAUCCUCCUGAAUCUGGCCAAGCUGUUCCCACAGGCUCUGUUCUAUCAGUUACGCACUACACGCGAGGACAUCAUCAUCAUUCGAAAACAAGCCCAACAAGCUGCUGCAGCCGCCCGCGCUAUGGCUGCUAACCUGGUUACGGCCAGGCGGUCCGACGGUGAUUAUCCCAUGCAGGACGUCAGCGCCGAAGUUAACGCCGAGACUACGAGGAAGGAGUCGAUUGGGAUAUCUGGAGAACCUACUUCUCAGGCCGGCCCUGCUCUUCAAGCUGAGGGCACCAAUGUACAAGCUAUCAGCAAUGCUCAAAGUCUAGCUCAGAGUGCGUUAGAGAACGUCUCCGCAUCCACGCGGCAAUCAUGGGAACAAGUCGACGAGGUGGUACAAAUUCUCAAGACUGCCUACCCCUUCCUUAUACUCAGCUUGGAAACACUCGUGGACCACGUCAACCAGCGGUUCAAAGCUGGGGCAGACGAGGACUUAUACAGACUAAUCUGCAUGUUGCUGCAAGAUGCUAUACAGAGCUACGUCACUCAGCGCGUGAAUAACCCGGAUGAUGACGGACUUCUCAAUGCUCACACCAAGAACAAUAUCUCGAAGAUGGCAGCUAACUUGACCGGGUCUGUCCGAACUCAAUACGAGGAAGACUUUGUCAAGGCAAACAUAACUCAUUACGAGUAUAUGCAGCGACUUCAACGCUGGCGCGACCGGCAGGAAAAAACUCUCGAUGCACGGCCUCGCUUCCAGACUCUAGAUACUCUUAGCCACUGGUUAACAGACUUCCAAUACGGCAAGACCGAUGAGAUUGAGGUUCCAGGUCAAUAUACCGAGGAAAAGGAUAGCAACCAGAACUUCAUCAGAAUUCAAAGGUUCGGGCCUCAAUAUGAGAAUUGUCGCUCACACGGGUACUGCUGGAAGAGGUUUGUCGUCCACGGAAACGACCACUCCAAGAUCUCGUUUUCCGUGCAACUACCAUCGGGCCGACACUGCCGCCGAGAGGAAAGAGUAAUGCAAGUGUUCCGAACCUUCAACACCGUUCUGGCCAGGAAGAAAGAGGCGCAGAAGCGAAAUCUUUCUUUCCACAUACCCGCAGCAAUCUCCUUCAGUCCCACCCUCAGGCUGCUCCAGAACGAUUCCUCAUACAUAACUCUGGGCGACAUUUACGAUCAGUAUUGCGAGGAACGUGGAUUCACAAGGGAAGAGCCAAUCUUCGUAUGCGGAGAGAAAGUAAAAACUGUAGUAUCGGAGUAUCGCCAAGUACAUGGCAGCAUUCCCAACAAAUCUCACAUUUACGGACUCAAGAAAGACAUCUUUGAUGAGAUAGCCAGCAAACUCAUUCCGGGUGAUGUACUAACAAAAUAUCUCACACGAACCAUGGCGAGCCCAGCUGAUUUGUGGAGAAUGCGCAAACAAUUUGCUCUGCAGAUUGCAUCCGUCAGCUUCAUGACUUACGUCCUUUGUCUGACGAGUCGGUCGCCCUCUCGCUUCCAUCUCUCCCGCACUACUGGUCAGAUCGCCAUGAGCGAACUUUUACCUGGCACCUCUAAUUCAGGGCCUGUCCUUGCGUCUAUUGAUGCUGUGCCCUUCCGUUUUACUCCCAACAUGCAAAAUUUCAUCGGACCCGUUCUCACUGAGGGUCUCUUGGCUGCUGGUAUUAUGGUAAUUGGACGGUGUCUGACAGAACCUGAGCAUGGCCUAGAGCAGCAGCUAUGCCUCUUUGCCCGGGAUGAAGUCCUGACUUGGCUUCAUGGAAGGAACCAGCCCUGGAAUUUCGAUCUAGCAUUCAGGAACCAUUGUGCAGCCAACAUCGAUGGCAUUGUGCGGAGAGCUGAAGUUCUGGCUUGUAAAGCUGAAAGAGAGCAGACAACCAUCCCUCCUGCUCCAAAUACGACCGCCAAUUCACCUGUCAUUCAGACAGUGACCAACCUCAUUUCUACGGCAACUAAUCCUCUGAAUCUCACGAAAAUGUAUGAAACCUAUCAUCCAUGGUUCUAG